AUGGCGCACGGGGAAGGGCUUCAGGGGGAGGACACGCGGCCAGGGCGGACGGUAUCGGGAAAAGACGCGGGGGAUGGCGGGAUGAGUGGAGAUCGAAGGGUGGUGGAAGAGAAAGUGGCGGAGGUGGAUUGCCACUGUUCGGGGACACGUGGCGACAUGAGAUUGGCUGCUUCGGUGGAAGGGGUGACGGGCCCCAGCAGAAGCCAGCAGCAGCACGCGCAUCACCACCACCACUUGGAAGCAGCGCAGAGCACUCCCCUGCCGCCCGCUGCUGCUGCCCCGCCGUGUGCCACUGCCUGUGCUGCCGCCUGUGGGUUGGAGUGCAGGCGGCAGAGCAUGGAGGUGGCAGGCGUGCCGUUGUUGAAUACAGCAGCUAGCAAUGCUGACACUUGCUCGUCUGCGCAGCAGCAGGGGCAACAGGGGCAGCAGCAUGGGCGGCAGCAGCAGCAGCAGAAGCAGCAGCAGCAGCAGCAGCAGCAGCAGCAGCAGCAGCAGCAGCAGCAGCAGCAGCAGCAGCAGCAGCAGCAGCAGCAGCAGGGGCAGGGGCAGCGGAGCAGCCCCCACCCGCCACGCUGCACGGUCUUCCCUCCUCUCUGCCCUCCGCCUGCUUCCCCGCACUCGCUCUCCCGGCCCCCCUUCGCCCGCCUCCCCUGCCGUGCCGUCGCCCCUGCUCGCACCACCCGCCCACCCCACAAACCCCCCGGCACUGGCCUCGCCUGGGUGUGUGGCGAGGAGGGCGAGAGGGAUCGGUCGUAUGCGGAGGACUGCCGUGUGUUCACAUGGGAGAAGCCGCACAAGAUGCACAACGUCAUGGCAACGGUGUGGGACGAGUUCACGGUGGCGCAUGCGGUGGGGUGGUGUGCCAAGGCGCUCAUUAUCCGCGACCGUCGCAUGCUGCUGCUGCUCUCCAUUGCCUUUGAGCUCACCGAGCGCAUGUACAGGCAUCUACUGCCCAACUUCAACGAGUGCUGGUGGGACUCCCUUAUCCUCGACAUCAUGCUCUGCAACACUCUCGGCAUGGAGGUGGGCCUCUGGCUUCUCCAAGCGUGCCACAUGCCGCGCUUUGAUUGGUUCGCCGGCGUCUCGUCUCUCAUCGCCCACACGGCACCAUCCCUUGCGCAUCUCGUCUCCACCACUCGCCAGUCCCUUGUGGCAGCGCUGCUCUUCCUCCUAGUGCUAGCAGCGGACCUCUGUGCUUUCUUCCUCAAGCACUGCCUCGCCCUGCCGCCACUUCACCCCUUCAACACCCUCCGCCUCUGCCUCUGGGCUGCUCUCUCUCUCCCCGCCGCACACUGCCUGCACUCCCUCCUGCACUCGCCUCUACUCGCCUGCCCGUGCCCCUCGGCCUCUGGCGCAGGGCGGGCGGGGGGGAGGACAGCAGGGGAGAAUGGAGCAGGGCGGGGUGAAGGGGAGCAUCCAAGGAAGGCGGAUGGGGGCAUCCCGUUCCUCAUCCUCGCUCUGCUGCUCUGCCUCUCCGAGAUUCUUGUCUCCCUCAAGUUUUGCCAGGGCAUGUUUCCAUCUCCACACCCUCCCUGGGUGUCCGCCAUCCACAUGGCUCUUGCCUAUUCCUUUCUCCUCCUCCUCCUCCUCCCUUCCCUCGUGCCCUCUCUCUUCCUCUGGUUCCUCCCAUCUCCCUUCGGGUUUCAUUCCUCCUCCUUCGCCCCCCUGGCUUCUUCCAACUAUUGCCCACUGACAAAUGCGGGUGGUGGUAAUGCUUGGCGGAAGGAGCUGCAAUAG